GGCGAAGUCCAUAGUAUAGAAGUGGACUCUCAGUUCGAAUUGGAAAAUCUUAAGGCUUUGAUUGGAGACGAGACAGGGAUACCACCCGCUGAUCAAAUUCUUUCUUAUCAUGGUCAAGAACUAACAGAUCCAAAAAAAACUCUUGAACAAUAUGGUGUUCUUGAGAAUGACAUAUUGUCGCUUAGAAAAAAUCCUCAAGCCAUACCUAGAGACGGAGCAGAAAUAGAACUAAUGCGGCAGCAGAUAUUGAAUCAGCCUCAAGUUUCGGAACAAUUGCUUCAGCCUGAAUUAUUUGAUGCCGCAUUUACUGGUUCAGCACAAUUUGCCUCAUUAGUCCGUCAAAUGAACCAGCGUAGUCAACAGGCCGCAUUGGUUCGUCAAAUGAACCAGCAUAGUCAACAGAAUAUCCCCAAUGAUCCACUAGAUAUUGAAAAUCAACGAAGGAUUGAGGAAGAAAUAAGAAUGAAAAAUAUUGAAGAAAAUUGGCGAACUGCCUAUGAGAAAAUUCCUCA